GUUAGUGUUCCUAUUGAUGACUCAGAACCUGAUGACCUGGUUAACCACCAUCCGGAUGUGUUUAAGGUUAGUGUUUUGACUGGGGCUCAAGCUAGCCCUAGCUCAAGAAGUUGAGUUGUCUGACUCCUUAUUUUCUUCAGUGUUGUCUGAGGAAGUGUUGCAACCUGGUGAUGGGUUGGUGGAUUGCACAUCAAAGGAGAGUGAGGAGUUGAAAGAGUUUGUUAGUGCUUCUGAAAUAUCAGUGUCAUUGACUCAGGAAGCACUAAUUAGUGCUCAGAAAAGGGAUUCUUCCCUAUCAUAGUGUUUUGCCGCAGUAUAGGGAGGCGACUGUAAGGGCAGUAGGAAACAGUGCUUCUGUGUUGACGAUGAGGUGUUGAUGCGUGAAUGGGUUCCACGGAUGGGCAAAUCAUCAGAAGAUUCAAUUGAGGAUUGGGGCACGGUUCAACAGCUAGUGGUUCCAAUUGGGUGUCGGCAGCAGGUGCUAGAAUUAGCGCAUGAGCAUCUAUGGUCUGGUCAUCUAGGUGUCACGAAGACGCAUGACCGAAUGUUGAAACAUUUAUUUUGGCCGGGAAUGAAAGCUGAUGUGAGGCGUUUCUGUAACACCUGCCGCACCUGCCAGUUUGUGGGGAAACCCAACCAGGUUGUGCAUCCGGCCCCCUUACGACCUAUUCCUGCCGUUAGUGAGCCAUUCACACAGGUCAUUAUGGAUUGUGUUGGCCCUCUGCCCAAAACGAAGUCUCUUAAUUAGUUCUUGCUAACUGUGUGUGUUACCACUCGUUUUCAAGAGACAAUUCCCCUGCGGAAGAUCACCGCGCCGACCAUUACGAAAACACUGACUAUGUUUUUCACUACCUUGGGUUAACCAAAGUGGUACAAACUGAUCAAGGAACAAAUUUCCUUUCCAAAACCUUCCAACAGACGUUGCAGUCUUUAGGCAUAUCGCACUCUGUGUCUAGUGCGUACCAUCCAGAGUCCCAAGGUGCACUUAAACGUUAGCACCAGACUUUGAAGUCGAUGUCAAGGAAUACUGUCAUGAUACGGAGAAGGAUUGGGAUGAGGGGUUUCCCUUUGUUCUCUUUGCAAUUCGUGACGCUACACAGGAGUCUCUCGGGUUCAGCCCAGCUGAACUAGUGUUUGGGCAUAAUGUGCGUGGCCCCCUUAAAGUGUUGAAGGAGCAGUUUAUGUCAGAUUCCUCUCAAGAGACUAAUGUAUUGGAUUUUGUCUCCAAGUGUAGGGAGCGUCUGCAUCGUGCAGUCCUGCUGGCUAAAGAGGCACUCUCCUCAUCCCAGGACAGUAUGAAAACACAGUUUGACAGGAAGGCGGUUGGACGGCAGUUUCAGCCUGGUGAUCCAGUUCUGGUAUUACUACCCUUGCCUGGAUCUGCUCUAACGGCUCGUUUCUCUGGUCCGUAUGUGGUGAAGAGUAAGGUGUCAAUCACCGAUUAGGCGAUUACAUCAUACACACACCUGAGCGCCAACGAAAAACACGGCUAUGCCAUAUCAACAUGCUUAAGCCUUAUCAUUCCAGGGGAGAGGUCCGAGAAGGUAACUUCAGAUACUGUUGCUCCCGAAGCAAUUUCUGCUUCAUUGGUUUGUGGGGAAGCCAUGUCUGAUGAUGGAUUGCCUACGGUCCGCAAGGUUGUAGGUUACUGAACUCAGAGUCGAUGUCUGAAAUAGGAACACAUCAAUCUUAUCUCUCUGAUUGUCAGCGGGAAGAUGUAAUCUGUUUGCUUCACUCUUGUCCCACUCUGUUCCAUGAUGUGCCAUCGUGCACCAAUGUGUUAAGCCACGAUGUCUAAGUCGGUAAUGUCGCCCCUAUCAAGCAGCAUGCUUACCGUUGCCCUAUGGCAAAAAGGGAGGUCAUGAGAAAAGAGCCAGAGUAUCUGUUGUCAAAUGGUUUAGCUAAGCCAAGUCGCAGCCCUUGGAGCUCACCAUGUUUGUUCAUUGCAAAGUUAGACCUGUUAAAGGGAUAUUGGCAGGUUCCUUUAACCUCACGGGCUUCGGAUAUCUCAUCUUUUGUAACACCUGACCAUUUCCUGCAGUACACCGUAAUGGCCUUUGGCAUGAGGAAUGCACCUGGUACUUUUCAGCGUCUGAUGCAACUGGUGUUGGGGGAUGUGCCCCAUUGCAAUGUGUAUCUUGAUGACGUGGUGGUGUACUCUGACACCUAGGCUGACCAUCCAGGGCUGUACAGUGCGACAGUUUUGAUCGCAUUUGCUAUUAAAAUAUAUAACGUGUGAAGAUAAAUACAAGUCCACUCGCACCGGUGCGAAAGGGUGAGAAGGACCCGUGCCGAAAAAAAAUACGUUUUUCUGUACGACUUUCAAUGGCACUGCUAAGCGCGAAUGUGUGGGAGCAUGAUGGGAGCGAUGCAUGUAGGGAAAUGUAUUUUGAAUUAUAGGCUCGCCAGUUUCGCUGAACUACUAAAAAACAACAUUUCCCGAACAUUCGCACGUUGAGGAAGAGGCUUUCUAACGGUCGCGGGAAAUUCACUUUUAAGCAAAACAGAAAAAUGAAAAGGUAUUUCUCUGUAUUCAGAAGUUCUUCUUCAUCAAAUAAAGAUGGAAACUUGGAAAAAAAUCCACGUAUGGAAGAGAUUGGUGUUGGUUCCAGUUUCUUGCCAGUAACUGUGUACACUGACCAUAACCCUUGUGUUCCUAGGCCAGAUGUACAACCAUAACAGAGGUUAAUGCAUUGGGCUUUGUUAGUGCAGGGUUAGAAUCUGGAGAUCCGGCACAAGAAGGGGACACAGAAUGUUGUGGCAGACGCACUAUCCCGCGGGUAAGGUGGGAAGAGAGUAGGUUACCCAUUUGGACAUGUUUUGGUGUUGAAUGUACGGGUAACUGACUCACGUGAAUGGUGAAGCGAGUUGUCGGUUUCCCAUGUGGUGACAAUUAGAGUUUGUGGUGGCUCUGAUGUUGCACAAUUACAUGUUUGCUCUUAUGGGAGGGUAUGUUACGGACGUAGCGUGUUGUGUUUGUGUUGUGUUUGUGUUUCACUGUGUUCUCUCCCCAGACUGAUGCCCUUUCCCGCCCUUUCUGAUGGCAACCCUAGCAAUCACCUGAUGGCUAUAUAAGCUGGAGGCAGACAGGCGCACAUCCCUUCCUUUUUGUACCAGCAAGCUCAACUGCUUGUAGUUUGUGUGUUGGAGCUAGUGACGCUGUGCCGUUGUUGGUGUGAUCUUCUGAUCUUGUGGAUCGGGUAGUGAGCUUUUGGUUCUGACUAGUAGAGUAUUUGGUUGGUUUGUAGUUAGUUCUUUUGUUUUGUGCUUUCCUCUUUUGGGAAAGUGGUUCUUAGUUCUUUGGCACGUCAACAAACCUUUCUGCUUACCGUUACCUCUGUCUGUGUCUCCUGCUUGUCCCCCGGAAACUAAAAUAUUCUUUGUUACUCCCCUGAUCCCCCUGGAUACUAUUUGGGGUCGUAACAGUUACAUUGUCAGUAACUAAUACAUAGAAAUGCCCCAAUUCCUCAUUAUUAAAUAUCAUCAGCUAUGUGUAGAUGAGGAAGCAUGACAAAGCACUGGUCAGAAUUAUUAUUUAUUUGAUGAUGAUAUAAAAACGCCUCUUAAUGGGGAAGCGACGACUUGUCGGAGAGGAAGUGGCCAAGACCUCUUGGCUGCCCUGUUUCGUGGUUUAGUAUAUUGUUUCAACGCACAGAUUUGAAAGAAUUGGUAUGAACAUCAACGGUUCAAAGCUAAACUAACGAGUCCAUUCAGGCUAAACAGGUAGGCAGAAAGUUCAGAUUGUUGUCAUGGAGAUGAAGGCGAUGGAGGUGGAGGCAGGACUUCUGGACAGAGCUGGACCGAGUGACCAAAAGCUGGAAAUCAAAACUGAAGCGAAAGAAGCCUCAAAGGAGUACUGCAAGCUGAAAGCCCCAGCUGAUGACAUCUACUCCGAGGCUGUGUUCCCCAGCCCGACGCUGCCAGAAGUGAAACCCACCAAGCCAACUAGGAGCCUGAGGAAUGUGUUGCCGACUUUGUGCAUUGUCCUCGGUGUGAUAUGUCUGGCCGAACUCAUCAUCAUCUAUAUUCUGAAUGGGAAGACUUCUACCCCCAGGUCUCCCUGCUUCAAGAACACCAACACUCCGACCACCAAAUCCCCUGACAGCGACCGAUGCCCUGACAGCUGGGUGUUCCUUGGGGGCUCCUGCUUCUACCAGCCCAAAGAGAGAAAAAGCUGGGAGCAAGGCAGGAUCUUCUGCCAGAAUCUAACAGCGGACCUGGCUGUGAUCUCUGACAAGAGCAUCCAGAAUUCUCUGGCGCAACAAAUCAAAGUACCGCACUGGAUUGGCCUACAAUACCUAAGGAGUUGGAAAUGGGUGGACAACCGGACCCCAUACACAGGUAAUUUGCCUGCAGGAACUAAGGAGUCGUGUGCUUUACUGGAGAGCAAGACACCUGGAGAACAAGCCAACAUUCGAGGUGCCAGAUGUCCAAUUUCUGCCCAUUUCAUUUGUCAGAAGGAGGCGUCACUUGCUAGUGCCUAGGGCUUCUGAUGCUCUUCUAGCUAUAGGCCUGUGUCUCAUCCUCAUUUAUAUGAAGUAUGAUUAACAAGUAUAAUGAAACUCAUUGAUGCGGCAAACUCUAUCCUUUUAUCUCAAAGCCCAGCACUGUAUGACCAACUGACUAGGCUUCAUGCAGUGAAUAUUAGCCUACUUUGUUUGGGUGAAUAUCCUCAAUUUAUGUUUCUAUGCAGAUAAUCUAAAUGAGGAGUUUGAUUUCCUACCAUACUCUUUCACUCAAGGGCAUUUCAAAGCAUAAAGCUUCUUUAAAACCGUGCUUAUUUAUUUAUUAGAAUGAACUUAAUCCACUCCACUUGGAGCAUAAUGUGAUAUGAUGCUCCAAUAUUCUGAUUUUACACCUUAAGCGUCUGCUGAAUUUAGUAUUAUUCAACUAUUAAUUGUAUUCAACUAGUAGUCAACUUUUUGGCAUAUUUGCUUUCGAUGUAUCCUGUGCCUAUUUUCGAAAUAAAGACAUCUUUUCAUUUAA